AAAUUGACACCAAAACAAAACUGGUUCUUCUGUGUUGCAACAUAAGGUGAUGCACCAUUUUUUUACAUUCUGGAUAGGAAUGCAGGCUUUAUGCAAGUAAAUGAUGACAGAGCUUUAAUCUUUUGGUGAACUGCUCCUUUCACAGAUGAGUUUUUGAAAAGCAAUGUGAAACCCUUGCUUUGUUUUAUUUCAUCUUGUUUCCACAUUUGGAAAUUUUCCAAAUAUUUUCACGUGUAGGCCUACCAUACCUUAAUACAUUAUUAAACGCACACCUCUUAAAAAAGGCUUAGGUCUGUAAGGCUAAAUAAGUGGUCACAAGCGAAUAUAAUUACACAUAAUUACUCACAGCUGAAUAUAAGUGUGGAAGCAUCGGCUAAGACAUGCAGUGCAUUUUGUCUUUGAUAUCAAAAAUAUCCAAGUGUGUCACCGUGGGCGUGGGUUGAUGCUUUAGCAAGUCAAAUUACGGUCCCAUACCCUCCUCUCCACAUUCUCGAGUCUCUACCUUCAUCAAGUCUUACCUCCACCCUCCAAGUGACGUCAGAAAUCACAACAACUAAUCGGACCAACAGUAUGCUUCAACUGGGCAACUGGACAGAAACACUAGGACGUCUCAGUGUGACCGCUGGAGUCAGAUAAGUGCGUUGAACUCUUUCAGCUUUGGUAUUUGACCAAAAUUGACACAUUGAAAAAUCGCUUUUGGCAGUUGCUGAUUAAUCGGUGAAUAUUAGCCCAAAGCUGCGGAAUGGAGACUCGCGCGAGGCUCGUAAAGAGGUUGCAGCACGUUUUGCGCUCGCCGUAGUGAGCGAAUCUGAUGCGUUCCAGCACGCUACGAGUUUUUCCCGAAACAGAAUUCGGUGUUUGUCGAUGGAAGAACGCUCAGGCACGUAUCUGUGGAUAUUGAAGGAGCACAUAUGCCCACUCUUAACUUCCUAAAGUGGUCAACAAAUCGCGGCUAGACGGCGGGCAUGGAACAAGGGGAGUUAUUCGCCUCAAAGUAUCUGUUAGGGAUAGAAAAACAUUAUGGAUGUUAUUGUACAAAUCAACAAAUGGAAACCCUUCACCUAAUAAGUUAACUUUCCAUCCGCUGCGCGUGGGCACUUUGAGGAAUGGCAAACUUUGACCACUCUGCAGUCACUUCAUGGCUGCAGAUAUUGAUUUUGUCCAUCGGCUGUGCGUUGAUAUGUUUCAGUCGCUUAUCCACUGCAUCCCCAGCACACAACCAGCGUUUGAUAUGCUGGCAGGCCAUUAUGAAGUGCCAAGAAGAGUCGGAGUGUCACUACGCUUAUACUCAGUAUCUGCACGCGUGCGGUCCGGUUAUUAACGGCGACAGGAAGAAAUGUCCCAGCCACUGCAUUUCUUCCAUCAUUCAGCUCAACCUCACUGUGAACGGCCCGGCACUGGAAGACUGCGAGUGCGCUUCGGACACUUUGUGCAUGAUCACCAAGCGAGCCAUCGAGCCCUGUAUGCCCAGAACCAGCCACACAGGCUGCACUGAAGCCCGUAAACAGUGCGAGAAGGACCCAGAGUGCAGCACCGCCAUGCGGGACUAUCUGUAUCACUGCAGGAAACUGUUUGGAGGAGAGCGGUGCUCGGAUGACUGCCGGCGGGUCAUCACGAACAUGCGCUCCAUUCCCAAAGCCCAGCUGCUGGAUACUUGCGUUUGCGACGGCGAGGAGAGAACUAUAUGCGAGUAUGUCAAAGUCAGCAUGAGGAACUUCUGCUUUAACGACAAAUACGCCGGGAGUGGCUUUUCAGAUACCGAGGAGGACUCUGACGACGACUAUGAGACGGAUUAUGAAGAAGAGGACAGUGAUGCCGUGGAUUUUAGAGCACAAUAUAUUUUUACGUUGGCAUCCACCAUUUUGACUUUUGUUCUCUUUUUACAUUAAAAUGAGUCAAGUUUCCAGAAUUAAAAGUUUCAUUAUUUGCGUUUGACCCCAGUGAGCAGCACCCACUUUCAGUGGGCCCAAAAUUAUUAGUUUAACUUUUCGUUAAUAAUGUUUAACUAAUACUGUUUGGUUCCCAAAACGUUCUGUGAAUGUUGGUAAUAUAAAACAUAAAAAGAACGUUACUAGAACGUUAGGAGUUGGUUUCCCCCACCCCCAAAUGCUACCGAUGGGAAGCAUACUCUGACGUUAGGGGAACGUUCUUGCUGUUUCUUUUACCAUUAUUUGCUUACUAUACGACAGAGUGAAAAUAGCCUUAUUGAAGAAAAAGAAAAAAAAUAAAAAAUGGGAAAGGAGUUGAGCUGCCAAAAAUGUUCACAAAAAGAGUAGGGGUUUUGAUGUGAAAUGUUGAAAAUAUGUGUUUCACUAAAUAUUCAAUUAUUAAGAACUGUUGUGGAAAUCACUAUUCAAAGAGAGAAAAAAAAAAUACUGGAAGUUUAUUUUUGUAUGAAAGAUUGGUUAGUGUAAAUUGUAGUUGUAUGAUAAUCGUGAAGGUGUAUAAUGCUUGUGUAUCAUAAUUGUGUGAAUAAUAUUCUUAAAGAAGUAAUACAUUGUAAAACCUAUUCAUAAUGUGAUCAUAAAAAGAUGUUGUAAAAUUA